UGAAGGGUCCAAAGUUCCCGCGGCGAGCCGCGUCUCUCCUCUGCUCCAAACUGUCGGAGCUCAGGCGCAUCCAGACGCGCAGGACGCAGCGCGACCAGACGGACUUUAACUGGAUGAAAACUCCUGAAACAAAGAGUGAAGGCGCUGCUGAGGGAGCGAGGGAAGGAGGGAAGGAAGGAAGGAAGGAAGGAAGGAAGGACGGAGCAUCCCGCAGCGGCUGGCAGGAUGAAGACGAUGCGCUGAAAGUUUCGGUUCGUUUUAACUGGGAAUGAGUUGGAUCAGCGUCCACACAGGGAAUCCUCUGGGAUUACAAUAAAGAGGAGCCAUGGAUAACUUCUUCACUGAGGGGGAUCGGGUGUGGCUCCGGGAGGAGGAGCAGUUCCUGCCCGGCUCCGUGUCUUCCUGCUCUGGAGGCGUCGUCGUCUUCGCCACAGACUACGGCCAGGUCUACACCUACAAGCAGAACGCCCUCACCAGGCAGAAGGUGCAGCCCAUGCACCACAGCAGCGUCAGAGGCGUGGAGGACAUGGCCACGCUGGAGGACCUGCAUGACGGCGCCAUCAUGCACAACCUCUACCAGCGAUACCAGCAGAGGCAGAUCUAUACGUACAUCGGCUCCAUCCUGGCCGCGGUGAACCCGUACCAGCCGCCCGGCCUGUACGACCGGCCCGCCAUCGAGCUCUACAGCCGCCACCACCUCGGUGAAAUCUCUCCACACAUCUUCGCUGUGGCCAACGACUGCUACCGCUCGCUGUGGAGGAGGCAGCAGAACCAGUGCGUCCUGAUCAGUGGAGAAAGUGGAGCUGGUAAAACCGAAAGCACCAAGCUGAUUUUGAGGUUUCUGUCCGCCAUGAGCCAACACUCGCUGGAGGUUUCCUGCAGAGACAAAACGUCGCACGUGGAGGAGGCACUGCUGGAGAGCAGCCCCAUCAUGGAGGCCUUCGGAAACGCCAAGACCGUCUACAACAACAACUCGAGCCGCUUCGGGAAGUUCGUCCAGCUGCAUUUCAGUCAGAAGGGAAACAUCCAGGGAGGAAGAAUAGUUGACUAUCUGCUAGAAAAAAAUCGAGUUGUUCGGCAGAACCCAGGAGAGAGAAACUAUCACAUUUUUUACGCCAUAUUAUCAGGAGCCAACAACCAGCAAAGAGAGGCGUUCGGGUUGACGCGUCCUGAAAGCUACCACUACCUGAGACAGUCCAACUGCACGGAGGACAAGACAAUCAACGACAGCGGCACCUUUCAGGACAUUCUGAGCGCGAUGCGAACCAUGCAGUUCACAGAGGAGAACAUCAGGGAGGUCCUGCGCCUCCUGGCGGGGAUUCUCCAUGCAGGAAACAUCGAGUUCAUGACGGCUGGAGGCGCUCAGGUCGCCUCAAAAUCAGCUCUGAGUUGGACGUCUGAACUUUUGGGCCUGAACUCAGAUCAGCUGGCAGAAGUCCUGACUCACCGCUCCAUGAUCCUCAGGGGGGAGGAGAUCUCCACGCCGCUAACAGUCGAACAGGCGGUGGACUCCAGGGACUCCAUGGCCAUGGCACUUUAUUCUCAGUGUUUCAACUGGAUCAUUCACAAGCUGAACCACCGGAUCCGGGGCAAGGAGGACUUCAAGUCCAUCAGCAUCCUGGACAUUUUUGGAUUUGAGAACUUUGAGGUUAACCGCUUUGAGCAGUUCAACAUCAACUAUGCAAACGAGAAGCUUCAGGAAUAUUUCAAUAAGCACAUUUUCUCCCUGGAGCAACUUGAAUACAACAAAGAGGGCCUGGUUUGGGUCGACAUCAACUGGAUGGACAAUGGAGAGUGUCUGGAUUUGAUCGAGAAGAAACUGGGUCUCCUGGCGCUGAUGAACGAGGAGAGUCACUUCCCCAAAGCCACAGACGACACCUUACUGGAGAAACUCCACAGCCAGCACUCGAAAAAUCCAUUUUAUGUGAAACCUCGUGUUGCUGUGCACCUAUUUGGAGUCAGACAUUAUGCAGGAGAGGUGGUGUAUGACGUGAGGGGGAUGCUGGAGAAGAACAGAGACACUUUCAGGGACGACAUCCUCAACAUGCUGAGAGAAAGCAGGUUGGAUUUUGUCUAUGAUCUGUUUGAACACGUAUUGAGCCGAAACAAGCAGGACACGCUGAAGAGCAGCACCAAGCACAGACGGCCCACCGUCAGCUCCCAGUUCAAGGACUCUUUGCACUCUCUGAUGGCCACCCUGAGCACGUCCAACCCGUACUUCAUCCGCUGCAUCAAACCAAACACACACAAGAUGCCUGACCAGUUUGACCAGACGGUGGUUCUGAACCAGCUCAGGUACUCCGGCAUGCUGGAAACGGUGAAGAUCCGGCGCAGCGGCUUCCCGGUCCGCAGAUCCUUCCAGGACUUCUGCUCCAGGUACAAAGUCCUGAUGAGGGGCGUCCUGACUCCAGACGACCACCGGGGGCGCUGCAAGCAGCUGCUGCACCUCUAUGACAGCAGCAGUGCAGAUUGGCAGCUCGGCAAAACCAAAGUUUUCCUUCGAGAGUCUCUGGAGCAGCGGCUGGAGAAGCAGAGGGAGGUGGAGGUUCUGAAAGCAGCCAUGAUCAUCCAGGCCCACAUCCUGGGCUACAUGGCCCGGAAGCAGUACAGGAGGCUGCUGCAGUGCAUUGUGGUCAUUCAGAAGAACUACCGGGCUUUCUACUGGAGGAGGAAGUUCCUGCUGCUCCGCUGGGCCGCGCUCACCUUCCAGAAGCGCCUGCGGGGCCAGCUGGCCCGCCGGGCCGUCGGCCGCCUGCUGGACGAGAGGAGGAAGAGGGAGGAGGAGGAGGAGCGCCGCAGAAAGAUGGAGGAAGAGAUGGAGAGAGAGAGACUGAGACUGGAGGCGGAGCGACGCGCCAAAGAGGCUGAGGAGGCUCUGCGGCUGGCGGAGCUGCAGCGCGCCGAGGAGCUGCAGCGCGCCGAGGAGCUGCAGCGCGCCGAGGAGCUGGCCUCUCUGGUUUUUACUCAGUCUCAGCUGGAGGAAGCAGCUGCAGCUCUACCUGAAACUCCAGAGGAGCUGCAGUCGGUCUUGCAGGAGGCCGCCGAGGAGGAGGAGGCCAUCCGCCCCCAGGAGGCGUCCCAGGUGGAGGAGAUCCUCCGGCUGGAGCGAGAGAUCCAGGCGCUGCAGAGGCAGAAGGAGCAGCAGGAGCUGUCCCUGACGGAGGCGUCGCUCCACCGCCUGCAGCGCCUCCGGGAUCAGGAGCUGCAGCGGCUGGAGGACGAGGCCUGCAAGGCGGCGCAGCAGUUCCUGGACUCGCUCAACUUCGACGAGAUCGAUGAGUGUGUGAGGAACAUUGAGAGCUCGCUGGGCGUCGGGGAGGAAGAGGAGAAAGAGAAUGGAGGGAGCAGAGGCGCCGACGAAGAGGAGGUCGAUGAAGGGUUCGGAGCCGACGACGAGGCUUUCAAAGACUCUCAACCAAGCGAGCACGGCCACUCCGACGGCCAGCGGACCAGUGGGAUCCGGACGAGCGACGAUUCCUCUGAAGAAGACCCGUACGCCAACGAUGUUCCGAUCCCCGCGAUGCCCCUCACCACCCUGCUCCACCAGCCGCUGCCUCCGUUACCGCCGGCCACCCACAGCGUCUCGUCCAGCGGCGACUCCGCUUUCUGCCACCCGCAGGCGUCGUCAGAGGCGCCGUCCGACGACCUGGUGGAGCUGAUUCCUCCAGACGAGGACUCGGACGACCAGGACGACUAUGACGAGGGCGCCAUCGUGUCCAGCGGCAGCGUGGCGUUCUCCAACCCGCGCAGCGGGCAGUGGUCUCCGGAUAGGGGCUCCGUGGGAACGUACAACAGCUCAGGGGCUUACCGCUUCAGCUCCGAAGGCGCUCAGUCAUCGUUUGAGGACAGUGAAGACGACUUUGACCGGUUUGACACAGACGAUGAGUUGUCGUAUCGCCGGGACUCGGUCUACAGCUGCGUCACUCUGCCGUACUUCCACAGCUUCCUCUUCAUCAAAGGAGGCCUGAUGAACACGUGGAAGCGGCGCUGGUGCGUUCUGAAGGACGAGACCUUCCUGUGGUUCCGGGCCAAGCAGGAAGCUCUGAAGCAGGGCUGGCUGCACAAGAAGGGAGGCGGCUCCUCCACGCUGUCCCGCCGCAACUGGAAGCGUCGCUGGUUCGUGCUGCGCCAGAGCCGGCUCAUGUACUUUGAGAACGACAGCGAGGAGAAGAUGAAGGGAGUGCUAGACAUGCACAAUGCCAAAGAAAUCGUUGAUAACACGGGGAAGGAGAACGGCAUCGACAUCGUGAUGCCAGAGAGGACAUACCACCUGAUCGCAGAGUCUGCUGAGGACGCCAGUCAGUGGUUCAGCGUGCUGAGUCAGGUCCACGGCUCCACAGAACAGGAGAUCAGCGAGUGCACGACGAGCAGGCCAAUCCCGAACGCUGUGGGAACGCUGGAUGUGGGCAUGAUCGACUCGGUUUGUGCUUCAGAUAAUCCAGAAAGACCAAACUCCUUUGUCAUCAUCACUGCGGAGCGAGUUCUGCACUGCAACGCCGACACGCCCGAGGAGAUGCACCACUGGAUCACUCUGCUACAGCGCUCCAAGGGAGACGCGCGCGUCGACGGGCAGGAGUUCAUUAUCAGAGGCUGGUUGCACAAAGAGAUGAACAGCACCAAGGCCUCGCUGAAGCUGAAGAAGCGCUGGUUCCUGCUCACCCACAAUUCCCUGGACUACUAUAAGAGCUCUGAGCGGAACGCCUUGAAACUGGGAACGCUGGUUCUGAACAGCCUCUGCUCCGUGGUGCAGCCCGAUGAGAAGCUCUACAAGGAGACCGGAUACUGGAACGUGAUCGUCUACGGGAAACACUCGUACCGGCUCUACUGUAAGCUGCUGAACGAAGCCACGCGUUGGGCCAGCUCCAUCCAGAACGUCAUCGACACCAAAGCUCCCAUCGACACGCCGACCCAGCAGCUCAUCCAGGACAUCAGGGAGAACUGUCUGAACUCAGAGGUGGUGGAGCAGAUCUACAAGAGGAACCCCAUCCUGCGCUACAGCCACCACCCGCUGCAUUCCCCGCUGCUGCCGCUGCCGUACGGAGACAUCCAGCUGAGCGCGUCACAGAGUCGGAGCUACACCCUGCAGGCCGAAGCCCUCCGGGUGUUCGGCUCCCUGCAGCACCUGGACGGCGUGGCCGACCCGGUCGCCAUCAUCCAGGGCAUCCUGCAGACGGGCCAGGAGCUCAAGCCGCUGCGCGACGAGCUCUACUGCCAGCUGAUCAAGCAGACGGCCCGGCCGCCGCAGCCCGGCGGCACGGCCAACCUCUGCAGCUGGAAGAUCCUGGCCUGCAUGUGCUGCACCUUCAUCCCCUCACGGAGCAUCCUCAGAUACCUGAAGUUCCACCUGAAGAGGACCAGAGAGCUCUUCCCCGCCUCAGAGAUGGACCGCUACGCCGCCUUCGCCUUCGACUCCUUGAAGAAGACUCGGGCCAGGGAGAACGUGCCGUCGCAGGAGGAAAUCCGCUCCAUCGUGGCCCGGCAGGAGAUGAGCACCACAGUGCACUGCCAUGGCGGAGGCUCCUGCAAGAUCACCAUCAACUCACACACCACUGCAGGGGAGGUGGUGGAGAAGCUGAUCCGCGGUCUGGCCAUGGAGGACAGCAGGAACAUGUUCGCUCUGUUCGAACACAACGAUGCCUCAGAGAAAGCCAUCGAGAGCCGGACCGUGGUGGCCGACGUUCUCGCCAAGUUUGAAAAACUUUCAGCGAGCGCAGAAGAAAGCAACACGGGCUGGAAGCUGUACUUCAAACUGUACUGCUUCCUGGACACGGACGGCGUUCCCAAGGACAGCGUGGAGUUUGCCUUCAUGUUCGAACAGGCCCAUGAGGCGGUCAUCCAGGGCCACUAUCCGGCCCCGGAGGAGACGCUCCAGUUCCUGGCCGCCCUCAGGCUCCAGUACCUGCUGGGCGACCAGAACCCCCAGAUCACCGUGCCCGAGAUGAGCCAGGUGUUCCCCAUGGCCCGACUGCGGACCCGGGUCCAGAACUCGGCCAAGACGUUUUCCGGCUCCGGCUCUGUGGCGGAGCGCUCCGGGACGGCGGAGCGGAAACGCUCCAGCUUCCUGGAGGGAACGCUGCGGCGGAGCUUCAGGAGCGGCUCGCUGAGCCGGCAGAGGCUGGAGGAGGAGAACAGCCUGGAGGCCUGGCUGAGGGAGGAGGCGGCCGCCGUCCGGACCAGCGUCCUGGACAAGUGGAGGAAGCUGCAGGGCAUGAGCCAGGAGCAGGCCAUGGUCAAGUACAUGGCGCUGGUGAAGGAGUGGCAGGGCUACGGAUCCACGCUCUUCAACGUGGAGAGCCGUGACGGAGCGUUCCCGGCGGAGCUGUGGCUCGGCGUGACGGAGUCCAUCUCCGUGUACAAACGCGGCGAGCUGUGGCCCCUGGAGGUCUUCCCCUACGAACUCAUCCUGUCCUUCGGCGCGCCGCUGCCCAACGCCUACAAGAUCGCCGUGGAGGGCCGGGAGCUGCUGUUCGAGACCCAGAUGGUCAUGGACAUCGCCAAGCUCAUGAAGGCGUACAUCAGCAUGAUCGUGAAGAAGCGCUACAGCAACAGUCAGUCGGUCGGCAGCCAUGAGAGCAAAUGCAGCGCCUGGUGAAGCCGGACGGAGCCUCAGGGGCCCACAGGGCUGGAACCGAACCCACAACAGAACCCAGAACAGAACCCGAGUCAAGACGGCCCCGCUCCUUCCUCAGAUUAUAUGAAAUAGGUGUCAAAUGUUUGUGCUGCAAUUUAUUUUUUGUGCCGUUAUGAUUUUUAAGAAAAAAAUAGUUUCCAGAGAUAAAGUUUCCGUCUUUAUCCCAACAUUAAACUAAACAAAAUGGAUGGAAGUUAA